AUGUUUGGGCUCAACCGAACAAUAUCUUACACUUGUUUUAGGCAUAUAAAACAACAGAGAUUGCACAAAAUAUCACGAUACAAUGUAGCACUGGUGAACUACUCUACAACCUCCAUUAACACAACAAACGGCAAAUAUUAUGGCUAUGACUUUGCUAAGAAAUACAUAAAGUCAGUUCCACAAAACGUGACCUUUCCUCAAACAUUCGACAGUUACUAUUCACACGUGUAUCUAGCUAAAGAUGAUGGGACAAAGGAAACUGCAACAGUUUCUAUAUUCUAUACUCCUCAAAGCAACAAAGCUCUAAGUGUAUUGGACCAAGUUAUUGAGUUGGCAAGCAAAUAUCCAAACAACAAGUUCCUCAUUAUCAAUGCUGAUACAGUUCCUAGAGCUGCUUAUGAUGCGGAUAUCCAACAUUUCCCCGUGGCUCUAAUUUCAUUCGGUGGCGAUUGCAAUAGAACUCUUGUUCAUUUGGACGAUUACUAUCAAUGGAACGAACAGUAUGAGUGGAAAGACACUCAAUCUACAGAUUUUUGCAAUUUGGGUAUAAACUUUACUAAAAAACUGGAAAAGGAAAUGAAGUCAUUUUCAUGCAGCUACAAUAGUAAAGCUGGAACGCAUAGUUAUACACACGGAAUUGAUACGGACAAUUUGAACGUCAAAAGAGUUGGAUGGCCAAGUUAA